UGGCAGAGAUGUGCUGGGAAACCAGUUAAUUUCUCAGGGGGAUUUUUUUUCAGUUAUCUGUCAAUCAGAGCUCCGGUGAUGGUUGACUUCUUUUAAUGGUUUUAAACGGUACAUGGACUUUUAAGAAAUAAGUACAUUGUGUUUUCACGAGAUAUCAGAGUUUAGACUUGGGGAAUGCAUGGGUCACGUCGCAGGGAGAGGUGGGUGCUGCGGCAUACAGCGGCGUGCAAAGACUGGGCGCAUCCCUCGGGAACAUACACAUUCAACAAAACUUGUGUUUGAAGGUGAAAUUCGUUGACCGCAUUUACAAAAUUAUCUAAAGUGCUGUAAAAGGUUGGACUAACAAUCUAGCAAAAAAAGAACAAUUAAAUCUAAAGAAAAACAUCCGCAAACUGCUCACAUUCCUUGAAUUUUUAUGCUUGUUUAAUUUCCAGGUGAUUAUGGAUUUUAAUAAUUGCAUAGGCUACUUGGUGCCUUAUGUAAAGAUGAAAGUUGCAAACAGAUUUCAGAUUUUAUAGAUGGCAAGUAGGCUAAUGUUAUUUUCAGAACACGUAAGAGUAUUUUAAUCCUGUUAAAAGUAUUCGGGGUGUGGAGCCGAUUGAUCUCGGUCAGUGUUUUGCGUCUCAAACGGAUCCGCUCCGCUUUAACGCUUCGCGUGAAGACGGACGGGAAACACGCAGAUCAAACGGUGUGGGAGGCGAGAAGUAUGGAGGAAGGAAUCCAGGCGUAGACACCAUGUUCAGGACCAUCCAGGAGUGGUUUUGGUGGGAUCGCAUCUGGCUCCCUGUGAACCUGACCUGGGCGGACUUGGAGGACAGGGAGGGUCGUGUUUACGCCAAGGCCUCCGACCUGUAUGCCACCGUCCCGUACGCCAUCCUGUUCCUCUUAGUCAGAUACCUGUUUGAAAGAUCAGUAGCCACACCUUUAGCAACUUCCUUUGGGAUCAGGGACAAAAUCCAGCAGAAACCUGCUGACAAUGCGAUACUGGAGAAGUUUUUCAUCUCCCGCUCCAGGAAUCCAGGACAGAACGACAUUGAUGGGUUGUCUAAGAAGUGCGGCUGGACGAGGAGGCAGGUGGAAAGAUGGUUCCGGAAGAGACGCAACCGAGAUCGGCCCGGAUUGCUGAAGAAGUUUAGGGAGGCCAGUUGGAGAUGCGUCUUCUAUCUGUCAGCUUGCAUUGGAGGCUUCAUAGCCCUUAAUGACAAACCCUGGUUUUAUGACACGCGUGAAGUGUGGGCAGGCUUUCCAAAGCAGACGAUGCUGCCAUCCCAGUACUGGUAUUACAUCAUUGAGCUGAGCUUUUAUUUGUCUCUGCUGUUCAGGAUCACUUUUGAUGUGAAACGGAAGGACUUUAAGGAGCAGGUUAUUCACCAUGUGGCUACUUUGACCCUGCUCUCCUUUUCUUGGUGUGCGAACUACAUCCGGAUCGGCACCAUGGUCAUGAUCACCCAUGACGUCUCUGAUGUUUUGCUGGAGUCCGCAAAGCUGUUCAACUACGCCAAGUGGGAGAGGACCUGUAACAGCAUCUUUGUGCUCUUCGCUGUCAUCUUCAUCCUCACCCGGCUGGUCAUCUUCCCGUUCUGGCUCAUCCACUGCACGUGGGUCUAUCCUGUGGAGCUCUAUCCAGCUUUUUUUGGAUAUUACUUCUUCAACGUGAUGCUGGUGGUCUUAUUACUCCUGCAUAUCUUCUGGGCAUAUCUGAUCCUCCACAUGGUGAAGAAGUUCAUCUUUGGCAACCUGACGGGUGACGAUAGAAGUGACAACGAAGAGGAAGAAGAUGCAGGAAGUAUAACAGAGGAUGAAACAUACCAGAAACUUGGCAACGGCUCAGGGCCAGUGGGCGCUAACGGCGUUAGCGGGGCUAAUGGCACUCACUGAGGAUGCACGCGGCUGAGAGACGUGGAAGUGAUGACGAUGAGAAAGCAACAGUCCUGGGAAAGAAGACAAAGGAGGAUGCGACAAGGAGCACGCAGGAGGACACUUUCUUCAUCCGAACAUCCACGCUGCCAACCCUGAACGUAGCCGCUCAUGCUAACACACGGCCACCAUUAAGUAACGAUGGCAGGCUAUCAGCGCAGGUCGCUUGCCUGAAGGAUUCUCCCAGUGGUGAUCAAACAGCGAUAAUGCUGCAUCUCGCCCUGUCCUCACUGACGACACCCUCACCCCCCCCCGCCCCACACCACCCCCGGCUACUCCUAGUGUCGUCAACAUCAAACUGGUUUCUCUGGUCUUUGUUUUUCCUCCCGUGCACAAACCGCUUUGUCUCACUGACACGUGUGGCAGAGGCGUGUCCUGUUAAAGACGCUACGGAGUCACGAAGCGUGACCGUGCGUGUGACCCACUUGUCAGAUCGCCUGAGGUACGCAGCUGGGCUGAGACAAAAGGCAUGGGAACUUGGGGGUGGGGGGGCAUUUUUUCACUGUGUCAACAUUGAAGCUUUAAAUAACAGUCUGGCUUAUUUUUACGUACGAUACAGGCGUGGUGUCCCCUCUGCUGAUUACAGAGAGCAGGACAUAACUUACAAACGAUGAUUAGACUACAGUUGUACAUUGUAGAGCCAUUCUAAUUUUUAUGCAAAAUAAAUAUCUCUAUCUGGGGCCUGAUUAACACAAUUAUGCUCAUAUUGACAGACCUACUGAAUACACAUUGAGUGUUCUCCUUAUCCAUCCAUCCAUCCAUCUUCUCACUGUUUUUCCUGCUCGUGGUCAUGAGGGGGGGGGCUGGAGCAUAGGCAGUAGAGGGCAUAUUGCUGGGGUCCACCUUGGAUGGGAUGUAUUUUAGUACUUUUUGUUUAGUUCAAAUAUGUUCAGAUGCCUUCUUCUUAGGCUGAAAUUAGCAGAAACGGUUAGUGUCGAUAAACAGGAGACUCAGUCGCCCACCCUGACUAGGUUAGAUCUCCUCCAACUGUUUCCCUCAGACAAGUUCAGCUACUUAUUUACUUCCCUGAAUCAUUUUUCUGUUUAAUCAUUUGAAGGUUUUUUGAAGGAAAAGGCCAGUGGUUCUAUGGAAACAUUUCAGUGAAAAGAUUCAUCUCUGUGCUGAAGAACUAAUUAAUAAUCUAACAGGGAUAUAUAAUAUGAAAACUUGCAUUUUAUUAUAUUUUAAUUCAAUAAAUAUGUUGACUGAUAACUUGCAUCGUGUUACAAAAAAGGCACAUUACUGGGUGUAUCAGCGAAAUGGAUGUGAGGUUAAUUUUCUUCAUAUUUGACGACAACGUACAAUAAACGUAUAAAGACAGAA